CCCACUCAUACUCGUUGUCUAGCUUGACAGAGGUGUAAAUCAUGGAUGUAUAUGAAGAGGUCAGCUAGAGGUUUUCACCUCCGGCUGUGUGUCGUGCUACAGCAGCAGGCAACAGCGAUGACACAGAGGUCAUAGGUGUUGGUGGAAACACAGAGAUGAUCUUCUCAACAGUCUGACCUGAAGACAAUCAAUACAGUCAGCCAUCCCAGGGCUGCAGAUGGAGAAUGGAGACCUGGGUCACAUGAUGGGGGAGCCAGUGACUCUGAACGUGGGCGGCUGUGUGUACAGCACGUCUAUGUCCACGCUGCAGCGUUAUCCAGACUCCAUGCUGGGAGCCAUGUUCAGAGGAGACCUCCCCACUGUGAGAGACACACAUGGAAACUACUUCAUUGAUCGCGAUGGCCUGCUGUUUCGCUACAUCCUCAACUUCCUGCGGACGUCAGAGCUGACACUGCCGUGCGACUUCAAGGAGACAGAGCUGCUCAGGAAGGAGGCUGACUUCUAUCAAAUCGAGCCCCUGAUCCAGUGCCUGGGAGACCCCAAACCUGUGCUGCCCUACCCCACUGACACUUAUGAGGAAGUAGUGGAGCUGUCCAGCACCAGGAAGCUGUCCAAGUACUCCAACCCUGUCGCAGUCAUCAUCACCCAGCUCACCAUCACCACUAAGGUCCAUGCAGUGUUGGAGUCCAUCUCCAGCAGUUUCACAAAGUGGAACAAACACAUGAUGGACACCAGAGACUACCAGGUGUCUUUCACCUUCGGACCAUGUGACCACCAACAGGAAGUCAGCCUGCGUGUCCACCUGCUCGACUUCAUCUCCAAAUCUGGUUUUACAAUACGCAACACGCGUGUUCACCACAUGAGUGAGCGAGCCAAUGAGAACACAGUGGAACAUAACUGGACAUUCUGCCGACGAGUUCGCAAAGUCAACGACUGACAGAUGAACUGAAGGAUGGACUUACUGACAGACGAGUGUCUGCAGACAGGCAGAGACUUGUGUGUGGUGGUUUUGUUGUGAAAUGUUAAUGUUUUGCAUGAUGUGUGUUGUUUCUGAAGCAUUCCCUCAGUCUACUCACAGCUGAAGCACAAGGCCAGGUUACUGGAUGGCUAGCAUAUUAGCCACAUGUGGUACAUAAUCAUGAGCCUUUAACAUGUAAUAUUACUUGUGCUUCAUCGUAUAUACAUUACAUGGCCAAAAGUAUGUGGACAGCCCUCACACACUAAUAAUAUUUUACACAAUAGUGUAUUUUCUUCUUUCAGCAUGACAAUGUCCCUGGGCACAAAGCCAGGUCUAUAACGAAAUGGUUUUCCCAGUUUGGUGUGGAAGAAUUUGACUGGCCAGCGCAGAGCCCUGACCUCACCCCAUCCAAUUCCUUUGGAUGAACUUCAACACCCACUGUGAGCCAACCCUUAACACCCAAAGUCAGUAUUGAACCUCAUUAAUGCUCUUGCGGAUAAAUAGGAGCCAUUACCUAGCUAUCUAUCUCAUAUAGCUGCAAUGUUCUGGUGUCCACCUACUUUUGGCCACGUAUCUGGCAUAUCAGCAGUAUCACAAAUUUGAUAAACGUCAGUAAAUAGGAAUGAAUAUUAACUGCAAAUAAAACAAUCUGAAAAAUGA